UGAUAAAUAAAUAAAUAAAUAUAUUUGGCAUUUAAAAAUUGGUUAAUUAUUUUUUUUUUCUUCAAAUAAACUAUUGAUAAAUUAUUUUGUUAAAAAUGUCACGUAAAGUAUCUAAAAGUUAUGAUACAAAAUUAAAAAAUAAUAGUACUCAAGUUGAAUUUAAUAAUCGUGAAAUUGAUAUUAAAAAUCAUCCAGAUUUAAUAUCUGUAUCAGAAUAUGUAAAAAAUAAAUUUUACUUUGCCACGCUAGCACCAGGAUUAGAUAAACCAAGACAAAAUUUAGAUGUUCAUUUUUUUACAAUUGACAAUGAGCUUAUUUAUAGAAAUUUUUACAACGAUUUUGGUCCAUUAAAUUUGAGUUGUUUGUAUAAAUAUUGUUGGCUAGUUAAUAACAAACGUCGUAAUAGAAAAUAUUUUGAUAGAAAAAUUGUUCAUUAUACCCUGGAUGACGAUGAGAAUAAACGUUCAAAUGCUGCUUAUUUAAUUUCAGCAUAUGCUAUGAUGUAUUUGGGUAUAAAUCCUCAUGAUACUUAUCAAAUACUUGUAAAAGGUAAUUCACGACCAUUCAAACCUUUUCAAGAUGCAUCAAUUGGAAAUUCACACUAUCACAUACGUCUUCAAGAUUGUUUAAAUGGUCUAUUCAGAGCAAUUACAUUUGGUUUUUUAAAUUUUGGUGAUUUUAAUCUUGAUGAAUAUGAUAAAUAUGAAAAGCUAAAAUACGGAGAUUUAAAUUGGAUUGUACCGGAUAAAUUUAUAGCAUUUAUUGGACCAAGUACAGAACCUGGAAGACCAUAUCAUCAACCAGAAGCUUAUAUUAAUUAUUUUUUAAAUAAUAAUGUUGCUGCUGUUGUCAGAUUAAAUCGUCCAUGUUAUGACUCAAAAAGAUUUACAAGAUAUGGUAUUGCACAUGUUGAAAUGUUUUUACCAGAUGGUUCAACACCAUCGAAAAAAAUUUUAAAUCAAUUUUUAAAACUUGCUGAGACAACUGCUGGACCGAUUGCUGUUCAUUGCAAAGCUGGUCUAGGUAGAACCGGUUGUUUAAUAGCAGCGUAUUUAAUAAAACAUUAUAAAAUGACAGCAAAAGAAGCAAUUGCAUGGACAAGAAUUUGUCGUCCAGGUUCAGUUAUUGGUCAUCAACAAUCUUGGCUUGAAAAAAUGCAAUCGGAACUUUGGCUCAAUGGACAACAAUAUAGACAACAAAAUUAUGGUGAUAGUGAUUAUUUUCCGCAUCAUAAAUAUGGUAUUUAUUCGGUUGCACGUAUGAAUGAUAAAAAACAUGAUGAUUUAUCAAGUGUAUCAGAUGAAUCAUCAACAAAAAAACAUAAAAAAAAUUCAGAUAAAAAAUCAAUUCUCGAGAGUUUAAGUGAUAAAUUGUUGGAAAAAAAUUUAGAAAAAGAAACAAAUCAUGGAAAUGGACUGUUGGGAAUUUUCCACAAAAUGCGAUCACCAAGAGAUCCAACAUCAACCAACAAGUCAAGAACGAUUGAUUAUCCAAAAAAAAUACCUCCUCAUUGUUUUAUUUCUGAUCGAGUUAAACCGAGUCAUGAUGCAUCGUUAAAUUUAACACAAGGAGAUUAUUUAAAUAAAAUAAAAUCCAAUAAAAAAUAAUCAUGGGGAAUAAAAAAAAAAAAAUUAAACAUGGCGUCUGGCAAUUAAAAAAAAAAAAUAUUUUUGGAGUAAAAUAUUGUUGUUUUUAUCGCGUUCUGUUGACCUAGGUCAACAACAGUCAGUAAUCACGACGACUAGCCGAGCUCAGAGGAUUGACAAAAUAUUUUGCUCGAGCGUUUGACUCACCGGGAGAUUCGCCAACAACAAUAAAAAACAUAAAAAAUGUCAUGGCAAAUGGCCGCCAUUAAGUGCACGAUGACCUCAUAAUUGGAGCAAACUACGCAAUUAAUUAUUUCACAAUAAUCCUAUAUCCACAAUCAAUGUAUUUAUUUUUGGUUUAUGAGAAAACGAAAAAUAAAUAUCCGCUUGUAAAACGAGUAAUUAAAAUAUAUUUUUACCGAGUAAAAUAAGUCCGGCAUUUAUAAAAGAGCACAAAAUAAAAAAAAAUAAAAAAUCCAUACAUUAUUCAAUUCAAUCGUUUGAUAAUGAAUUUUUUUUUAAUCGAAAAUAAAGUAAGAAUUAAUAUUAAAUAACCAAGUACACACCGGAGAUGAUUUUUCAAUGCUCCAAAACUCUCGACACACACACAAGAAAUCGGCGGCAUCCUUUGAUGUACAUUAUAAUUCUAAAAAAAUAAUUUAAUACAACAAAAUUAUUAUUUUUUCAAUAAAAAAAAUAUUUACAAUGUUACAUUGUACAAAAUUGAAAUAUAUUUACCACUACUCAACAUUAAGAUGACGAUAUAUAUUAAAAUAAAAAUUUUGCUACGUGAAAGCUCCUUGUCGUUCAGAGACGGUUAAACCAAUUUAAUAAUGGCCGACGCCAGCCGACGUGCGAAGCGGUAUGAAGCAGUAUGAAGCAGAUCAAACCCGAUCAGUAUUAU